CGCGCCGCGUCCAGCGUCCCCCGCCGCCGGGCCGCCAGCCGUGCGUCCCGGUGCACCGCGCAGGAACAUGGCGGGAUCCGUGGCCGACAGUGAUGCCGUGGUGAAACUAGAUGAUGGGCACUUAAACAACUCUUUGGGCUCUCCAGUUCAAGCGGACGUGUACUUCCCACGACUGAUCGUUCCAUUUUGUGGGCACAUUAAAGGUGGCAUGAGACCAGGCAAGAAAGUGUUGGUGAUGGGCAUCGUAGACCUCAACCCAGAGAGCUUUGCCAUCAGCUUGACCUGUGGAGACUCGGAAGACCCUCCUGCCGAUGUGGCCAUUGAACUCAAAGCUGUGUUCACAGACCGGCAGCUACUCCGGAACUCUUGUAUUUCUGGGGAAAGGGGUGAAGAGCAGUCAGCAAUCCCUUACUUUCCAUUCAUCCCAGACCAGCCAUUCAGGGUGGAAAUUCUUUGUGAGCACCCACGUUUCAGAGUGUUUGUGGAUGGACACCAACUCUUUGAUUUUUAUCAUCGCAUUCAAACAUUAUCUGCCAUUGACACCAUAAAGAUAAAUGGGGACCUCCAGAUCACCAAACUUGGCUGACGCUAUUUGAAGCACUUUGAGUUCAAGUAGGAUCAGGUGUCAAAACUACAUAACUGUUGGUUUGGAAGAUGUGUCCUAGAAAGAUCUGGAGACUUAUACAAACAAAAGGCAAGCUUCAUUGUCUCUUCUUUCUGUGCAGUUCAAGUCUAAAACAACUGGGGUUUGCCCAUAAGAUGAAAGCUGUUGGACAAAGACACCGAGCCAUUACUCCAAAAACAAAGUAAUACCUUAAUGCUGGAUUUUAUUCAGACUACACUAAAAUGGAUUUGUGAUGAUUUGUGAUUUGGUAGCAAAUUAUUCGUCAUUUCCAAGCAAGGUUAUUUAGAAACAAAAGUGCUAAAGACAUUAAAAACUACCACGGUACAUGAAAACCAACACAUUUCUGCACUAACAUGGAAUUGUGUAGCACAAGCACCAUUUUAGUCAGGGUAUUUACAUAGAAUGUAGUUUGUUCAACGUUUGGGCUUUAUUUUGUUUUGGUUCUGGAGGGUUUUUGGCUUUGUUUUGUUUUGCACAGCAUAAUGUUAACUUAGAUUUCUUGAAGCUUUCUUGUAGUUAUUUAUUUAUAUUCAAUAUAUGUACUAGAGAAUGAGCAAUGUCUCAAGAACAGCAAAGUUAUGAACUUUGGAAUGUACAAAUACCUUAGGUCCAAGGGAGGGGGAAUUACAUACUAUAAUCAUAGAACAGGUGCAUUUAUAUCUGUUGGAUGAUUAUUCUCAAUACCCCUGGACCUCUCAGCAUAAAUUGCUCUAAGUGCUUUUGGGAAAAAUUUGCAACGAUUUGGCAAAACUGCUUUUCAAGUUAUUGUCAAUUAUAUGAAAUUCUAUUUACAUUGCUUUUUCUCUUUACUAUGAAUUAGCACAGUAUUAAGAUUAACUGUUCCCUAGAUUUGCAUAAUAGCUCAUUGUUAUUAAAUUAGUUGAAAACAUGUACAAGGUGAUUGCGUAGACAAUUUUUAAAAUGAAUAUUAUAUAAAGUUUUAAAAGUAUAAUAUGAAAGAUCCUGGAAUGCAGUGUAAAGCAGAAGCAAAUGACCCCGAAUAACUUACUUAGAAAUAAUUUAUACCAACUUAAGCUGUUAGCUCAUUGUAUAACUUUUCUUAUGCAGCCCUCACCAAAAUCCCUAAGCAAUGCCUAUGGAGUUUCAGAACAGAAGAUACUUCUGACCAUAUUCGCUUGGAAGAUAGGAUAAGAUGGGAUCCAGAUUAGAAAAGGAUCCCACUGGUUUAUCAGAAAGGUUAAUUUCUAGGAUCUCGAAUGUUAGAGCCCAGCCAGUAGUAUGAAUGCUUCCAAUGAACUCAUUCAAGUUUCCCUGCACUUGGGGAACUAAUCUGAUGGUAGUCUCUGGUACUAGGCCACAGAAAGUUGGUGUCCUGGGAAUUGAAUUUCACAAGCUGCACUGGCCCUGGAGAGAAGGACUCUUGGCAUUGCUUUGGUCAGGUAGAAAGGGGGAAAAAGAGGUGCUGGGGUGGGAUGUAUUUAUAUAUAAUUUAGGUUUUGUUUGUACAGCUUACUGCGUCUUGUUAUGACAUGUCCUCGUCCUGCUUUGCUUUUGAGUUUUGUUUUUGUUUUUUUUUAUUUUUUACACAACAUGCAGAGGCACAGCCAUGACCAGGUCAUGGUUAUGUGUCGAGAAUGUAGACAGUGUUUCAGUACCAAAGUCUAAUAUAACAGAGCAAACUAAAAUUGUGAAUUUUUUAUAGGUGAUACAUUUGGAUUUAUCUCAACUUUGAAACUGUUCCACAGAGUUCCAUGGUGUUUAUAUGCAAGGAUACUUUGUCCAACAAAACUGGCUGUGCUUUAUGUAUCAGCUGACUUAUUCAGCCAUAGUCAGCAUGGGGGCUGUUCUAUGGCUCCAGGUAUUUUCAAGCUGUUGAUUAACUUCUCAUGGCUUGUGAAGCCACUUUUAAAGAGUGUUUGUAGAGAGACAUCCUGAAAUAUAUUUGUAGGGGUUUGAUUCAACUCAUGGUGGAAACCUCCUUGGGAGGGUUCUUGAGUGGCCAACCAUCCUACGCACUGCUUGGUAGAACGUAAACAAUCAGGGAGUAAAUGUGAUCAGAAGUGACUGUUCUCUCUUAUCUGCAAACUCAUUAGCAGCCAAGCCCUUAGGAAGCUUAAUGUGAAAAUACAGUGUCAACCCUCCAUUGCCCUACAGGUCGUGGGAACCUCUUGGGUAAGCCUAUUGGGAUUAAUCUAAAUGAUGUGAUGGUUUGAUUUAGGUGGAGCUAAAUGAGUAGUGGGGAUAAUUCCACUGUCCUUAUGAUUAGCUGGAAACUGGAACGUGUUCACGCCUUUCCCCAGCUUGUGAGGUCUAAGGUAUGAAUUUUAGGUUGGAAAGUGCAAUUGAACCCUUCACAGGACAAGUAUUUGCAUAUGUGAAGAGUUAUUUCUAACCAGAGCCCUAGUUUCGCAAUAACCAAAAACUGAGGAAUCACAAUCAGGCUCUGGGGGAAUAAAAGGCAGGCUUUAGACAAUCUGUUUCUGCAGCAAAAUUGGGGUAAAUGUGUAUAUCUACUUCAAAGUUAUUAAAAGUGACUUCUACUUUCUGGGGUUUUCCAGAAUUGUCUUAAAAUUAUUUUUUUAAAUUUUGAACUCUCAUUUCAAAUCUUGCCAACCUCAGUUUAAGAACUCCUAAGAGAUCACUCUGAUGAUUUGUUAAAUGGCAAUUCCUUCCACUUGUAUUUAAAAGAAGAUAUCCAAAAUGAGGGAGAAAGCCCUAUUGCCUGGAGAAAAACAAACCUUGGCAUUUUCCAGCAUUCAUGUAGAAAUAAUAAUAAUGUUCCUAUGAUGACAUAUUUUCAAAGAAACACUUUCUUAUUUACUGUAUGGUGUAAAAUGUUGCUAAAUGUGUUGUUACAUUAUGUCACUGCUGAAAGUUAUUUGCACUAUAAUAAAGGAAUUUUCUAUAAAAUGUC